UUAUCAGAAAAUAAAUUGAAUUUUUGAGAAAAAGUGUGAGGAAAGUACCCAACACCGGUGCCGAUUUUUACUUUAUUCGUGAAAUAAGUUUCUAGAAGCAUGAAUAUUCUUAAAAAAUUAACCAGAAACGGUAUCAUUAGAAUAAACAGUCCAGGAAUAUGUUCAUCUCUCCAGAGAAAUGCCGGUAUAAAAAUAAAGGAAGAUAAUCCUCGAGAUAUUGUGAGCAGCCGAUCAGAUCCCAAGGAACAACGCCUCUAUGUCUGGGGAUUGGCCGAGCUUGGAGCUUUAGGAGAAAUAAAAAUUCGUUCGAAGAAAAAUAAACAAAAAUUUUCUCACAGGCCAAUUCGAAAAAUCUUCGCGUUUUCUCAUCGUAUUAUUGAUUUUUCUUGCGGAUAUGGCUUCACGUUAUACGCUGUUAAAAGCGACACAGCGAAACAGCUCUAUGGUAGCGGAUUAAAUACCGAUAGUCAAGUUGGUUACCAUGCUGUGAGAAAGGACCAGCCUUUGAAAAUGGUGUUCUCUAUACAGCCGAUCAGAGUACCUUUGAAAAACGCUCGUUCGACGAAUGUCAUCAAAGUAGGCGCUGGACGAGCUCAUUCAAUUGCAUUAACAGAUAAAGAAGGAGUAUUUUCAUUAGGAAAUAAUGCUUUCGGGCAAUGUGGUCGACCAGUUGUCGAAGACGAAGAUUACUCCAUGUUCAAAGACACGCAUAAAAUCAAAGAAUUGGAUCAUUUGUCUAUCGUCGAUGUUGUUUGCGGACAAGAUCAUACUUUAUUUUUAACCGAAAAUGGAGAAGUGUAUAGUUGCGGAUGUGGCUCAGAUGGUCAAACUGGUCUGGGUAAUUUGAAGUGCACCAGUACUCCUACUUUAGUAGAAGGAGAUAUCAAAGGAGAAAAUAUUGUGAAACUUUCCUCUAGCGCUGAUACUGUUUUAGCAUUGAAUGAUAAAGGCGACGUAUUCGGCUGGGGAAAUUCAGAAUACUUUCAAAUUCCUAAUGAUACCGAAUCGCAACAGAUAGCUACUCCUAUGCACAUUAAAAAAUUAUCAAAAUUAGGAAAAAUUAUAGAUAUUGCUUCUGGUAGUACUUUUAGCUUGGUUUUAACUGAAAAAAGACAAGUAUUUGUUUGGGGAUUUGGAAUCUUAGGAAAAGGACCCGAUUUGAAACAGUCUAUAAUUCCUCAACAGAUCCCUGAGACAUUAUUUGGUCUUAAUCAAUUCAAUCCUGACGUAUUCGUUGAAUCUAUUCAUUGUGGAAUUAAUACCUUAGCUGCGAUUAAUAAUAAGAAAGAAUUAUACAUGUGGGGCAAAAAUCAGUAUGGGCAAUUGGGUAUCGGUCACGAAAACCAUCAGUAUUUUCCCUUUAGAGUUGCUAUCGGUGGCAAAGUUUUAAAAGUCAACUGUGGAGCUGAUCAUACAAUGGCCCUGUGUAAACCGUUCGUUUAAUAUUGUAGCUCAAUGCUUCAAGGCGUACAAUUUUAGAACCAGUGUUCUGUUGAUAAUGCAGAAAAAUGAAAAAGAAUUUCCUACGCAACACGAAAUUUUGUUCGAAGUUUGUGUUUUUGAAGAAAGAAUAAUUCUACUCAGAUGCUAUUUUUUUGUAUUUGCUGUGAUGUUACUUAUUUUUUUAAAUAAAAAACAGUUGUUUUUUCA